CCCUACCGGCCCGGCCCCGCCCCCCAGCUCUGGAAUCGGGACCUUGGCCUCCGCCAGCGGAUUUUCCGCGGUUGCGGCUGGCGGGGCAGGCGGAGCCCGGGCGGAGCCUGUGGCUAUUUCAGGCUGUGCCCCGCCAGGGCCAGGACUAAGGCCGUCCUGUCCCGGACACAGCCUGAGCCAGGGUGAUGCUGAAGAUGGUGACUUUCUUCCAAGGGCUUCCUGGCCAGCAGUCUGUACUAGGGACCCUGAACGUCCCUGGAAGCCCCCCAAAGCCACGCUCGACGUCUGAAGCGGAAUCAGAGGCCUCCAUGUCAGAGGUUUCCUCCGAGGACCUGGUACCACCCCAGGAGCCUGGGACCGUUCCUGACAGAGAGGAGGAGGAGGCCGAAAAGAAGAAGAAGAAAUCCAAAGGGUUGGCCAACAUGUUCAGUGUCUUCACCAAAGGGAAAAAGAAGAAAAGAGGUCAACCCGGAUUAUCCGAUCCGGAGGUCCAGCCCCAGUCCCAGCCGAAGCCAGCCGGCCCACUGCUCACAGUGGAGGAGCUCAAGGAGGCCCUGGAGCGCGGGCGGCUGGAGACGGCGUGGCAGGUGCUGGCGCUGGAGCAGGCGCUGGAGGCGGCGGCGGCGGCGGGCGGCACGAGCGGCGAGGAGCUGGUGUGGCGGCAGAGCAAGGUGGAGGCGCUGUACGCGCUGCUGCGCGACCAGGUGCUCGGCGUGCUGCGGCGGCCGCUGGAGGCGGCGCCCGAGCGCCUGCGCCAGGCGCUGGCCGUGGUGUCGCAGCAGGAGCGGGAGGACCGGCGGGCGGCCGGGGGGCCCGCGGCGGCCGCGCUCGAGGCCACGCGCCCGCGCCGCUGGCUGCAGCUCUGGAGGGGCGUGGUGGCCGAGGUGGCGGCCGAGCGCCUGGACGCGCAGCCCGCGCUGGCGGCCGACGGCCGCUCGGAGGCCGAGAGCAGGUUCCUGCACAUGGGCCGCACCAUGAGGGAGGACCUGGAGGCGGUGGCCGAGCGGCUGAAACCGCUCUUCCCCGACGAGUUCGACGUGGUGCACACCUACGCCGAGAGCUACCACAGGCACUUCGCGGAGCACCUGGGCGCGAUGGCGCAGUUCGAGCUGUGUGAGAGGGACGCCUACUUGCUGCUGCUCUGGGUGCAGAACCUCUACCCCAAAGAUAUUCUGAACAGCCCUAAGUUGGCACAGGAGCUGCAGGGCAUCGAGCUGGGGAGCCUCCUGCCUUCCAAGCAAAUCAGGUUUCUGGAGGCCAUGUUCCUGUCCAAUGAGGUGACCAAUGUGAAGUCGCUCAUGGCCCGAGCUUUGGAGCUAGAGUCUCAGCGUUGGGCCCAGGAUGUGGCUCCCCAGAGCCUGGAUGGCCGCUGCCACAGUGAGCUGGCCAUUGACAUCAUCCAGAUCGUUUCCCUUGGCCAGGACAAGGCUGAGAACAUUACUCCCGAGGUGGGGGUGCAGAUAAAGCAGCUGCUGCUGGUGGAGCUGGCUGCCCUACUGAGGAGCUACCAGCGUGCCUUUGAUGAAUUUCUAGAGAAAAACAAACUGCUGAAAAAUUACAGGGUCAACAUCAUCGCCAACAUCAACAACUGCCAGUCGUUCCGGAUGUCUGUGGAGCAGAAGUGGCAGAUGCCUCCUGAUUCUCUCAACCACCUGCUGGAGCCUCUGAAAGAGCUUAAGGCUCACGGCUUUGACACCCUGCUCCAGAGCCUGUUUUUGGACCUGAAGCCACUGUUCAAGAAGUUCACGCAGACCCGCUGGGCAAACCCAGAUGAGACACUGGAGGAGAUCCUCGCUACUGUGGACAGCAGGCUGCCUGAGUUUUCAGAGCUGCAGGAUUGUUUCCGGAAGGAACUCGUGGAGGCCGUGCACCUGCACCUGGUAAAGGAGUACAUCAUCAGGCUCAGCAAAAGGCGCCUGGUCCUCAAGACCGCCGAGCAGCAGCAGCAGCUGGCAGGGCACAUCCUGGCCAAUGCCGAGGCCAUUCAGCAUUUCUGCACUGACAAUGGCUCCACUGCAGCCUGGCUGCAGCCUGCCCUCCCCACCAUUGCUGAGAUUAUCCGCCUACAAGAUCCCAGCGCCAUUAAGAUCGAGGUGGCCACAUACAUCACCCGUUACCCUGACUUCAGCAAAGGCCACCUGAAUGCCAUCCUGGCCAUCAAGGGCAACCUACAAAGCAGUGAUGUCAAGAGCAUCCGGAAUAUCCUGGACAUCAACACCGAAGUGCAUGAGCCCUCCAGGCCCCUAUUUUCACUUAUAAAAGUUGGCUAGCUUUUCCAAACGUCUGCUACGCUAAUGACCACGCAGUGGAUGUCAGGCACCACCCCAGCCGGCAAUGUUCAAAUGGCACCGGCUCCCACAUUCUGCCACUGCUUCUGCCUAGCCCUGGCUCUGGAACAAUAUCUGGCAGCCAAGAUUAGACAGUCGCUGUCCAAUGGGGCCCAGAUCCUGCUGUGGGGAGCCGGCGUGAGCAAGAAGUUUCUUGUAAAUGAUUAUUCAUCUUGGGCGCACUGAGCCAGUUGCACCACAGUCUGUGGUUUAAUGGCCUCCUUCGGGUGGUCCUGAGUAGUCCCCUCCAGCCCCCUAGGACAGCAGUGAGGCCUCAUUUAUCCUGCUUCCUUCAGCCCAGGGCUAUCAUGAGAUAGAAGUGAAAUCAAAGGAAGAAGGAAAAGAUUCUAUCUGAUCUGGUGUCUGGAAGGAGGCUUCUGAUGUGCCACGGUGGAGCUAUACCAGAACCUCUUCCAUGGUGGCCCAUGGCUCUGCCAUGUGGCCCCCGGUAGCACUCCUGGAGGGCCCUCUUAUUCACACCACGUGGGCUGCCCCCGUGCAUGUGUGUGUGUGUGUUUAGGGAGUGACCCAGAAGGGGUCCUCCCGAUUCUCUCAGGCUGAACCUUCCUGCUGUAGGAACAAGCCAAGGGGCGGUCUCUGAGGCUCCACCCUUUGAAGUCUGGGAGCUCAGGGGUCUGGCAAUCACUCUGUUAGCUUUCUGUCGGUGCUGUACCAAGUUUCCAAACAUCGAGUGGGUCUGAACUAGAACUUUCCUUACAGUUCUGCAAAUCAGAUGUCUGAUACUAGACUGAAAUCUAAGGGUAGUCAGGGCCCAUUGCUUCUAUAGGCCCCAGGGGCUAUAUUUCCUGGUCUUUCCCAGUUUUCAGAGGUUCCCCACACCUCUUGUCUGAGGCCCUUCUACCCUAAGAGCCCGGGACAGCCACACAUCUGUUCUUCAUGGCCCCCACAGUCACCUACUGUGACGCAGGUCCCUGUGAUGGCACCGAAUCUGCCUGCAGACUUGUUAGCAGCCUUGAUUCCAGCUGUUUGCCAUGUCACCUACUAGUCACUGGUUAUGGGGACCAGUGGGUCCCACAGGGUCUAUACUGGAAAGCAGGAACUCAGUGUCCCAUUAAGGCACCUGCUAUUGCGCAGACCCUGCUCCUCUCUCGCCAUGAAAGCCUCCUCAGCACUGACCCAGCCCUGAUUCUCAGGGCCCAGGCUGGGAUCCGAAGCCCCUUCUCUACAUUUAUCCCUUUUCCCAGGUACUUGCCUUACAAAACUGGCCAGUGUGAGCAAUGAACAAAGCCUUCCUUCAUAUCUUCGGAGAUGUUAGCUUGUUUGAUGACAUUAAUACUGUUAAUAUUUUUAUAGUGUUGAUUUUGUAUGUGUCUACUCAGGACAGAAUCCAAGGGAUUUUUUUUUUUUAUGGCUUGAUAUAAAACUGAAUUCAAAAGUG